GAGCCCAAAAUGUUCGAUCGAAUCGUCAAAAAAACCGUAAAGAAACAAUAUAAUUCGACGUUAACACAACUAGUUAAUAUUAAAAACAAGUUUUGAGAUAGAUAGCUGGAAAAUCUUUAAUUUUAAAACUGAUAAAAUGGCGAAUUUUCAAACAAUGGCUCUUCAGGCCUACCUGGAGAUGCCACCUGUAACCCGUGUUUACACAACAGCAUGUGUCAUGACAACAAUUGCAGUGAAACUUGAAGUAGUUUCCCCUUUCCAGCUCUACUUUAAUCCUCUUCUUAUAAUCAAACAGUAUCAGGUUUGGAGGCUGAUAACCCCGUUCUUGUUCUUUGGAAACUUUGGAUUCAACUUCUUCUUCAAUAUGAUAUUCACAUACAGAUACUGUAGGAUGCUAGAGGAAGUCAGUUUUCGUGGAAAAUCCGCGGAUUUUGUUAUGAUGUUUCUUUUUGGAGCUGUCAACAUGAUCAUAUCAGCCUUCUUCGUCAAUCUUCUAUUUUUAGGACAGGCAUUUACUAUAAUGUUGGUUUAUGUAUGGGCCAGAAGAAAUCCGUUUGUUAGGAUGAAUUUCUUCGGACUGAUGACCUUCAAUGCCCCUUAUCUACCCUGGGUUCUAUUGGGCUUCUCUCUUCUGCUUGGCAACUCUAUAUCCGUUGAUAUUCUAGGAAUGGUGAUAGGGCAUAUUUACUACUUCCUGGAGGAUAUAUUUCCUAAUAAGCCUGGAGGAAGGAGACUGAUCAAAACACCACAGUUCCUUAAGAACCUCUGCGAUCCAGUUACUGAGGAUCCAACAUACGUUCCCGCUCCCGAGGAUAGGCCAGGGGGAUUCAAUUGGGGAGGAGGAGAAGGAGCAGGAGGUGUACAGGGAGAAGGUGGAGCUGAAGGGCUAGGUCUGCAGGGAGCUGAGGGGGCUGUAGGUGGGGCAACUAGAGUUGAAACAGAAGAAGAAGAUUAUGACGAAGAACAGACCCCGAACAGGGAUGGAGCACUAAAUCCGCACGAAGAUUGAAGCUUGAAGCACAAAACCUAUUCCUCCCAAAAACCUGUUCAAGAAAACAUAUUUUUCUAGUUUUUAAUGAUUAUUCGUG